AAUGCUGCAUUCUGUUUGCUUGGCAUCUCCACUUCACUCUCCGAAACUCAAAGACUCCAUUAAUGGCACUUCAGAAAUACCCAAUACUACCCUUCUCCACCAUUUCACUUCUCCAUUCGAGCUCAAACAAGCUGUUGCCUUUCUCAUCAAAACCAAUAAACCUCUUUCACUACUCCCACUUUCUCGGGUAGCUUCCAUUUGCGCACUUACUCCCGAUUUCCCCUUUGCUCAACAGAUUUUCAGCUCUGUUGAUCAGCAAGAAGUUGCUAUAUGGAAUAGCUGUUUGAGACAUCUUGCUGAAGGUAGUUCUUUAAUUGAUGCAGUUUACUUGUUUCAUCAAAUGCGUAGUUACAAUGUGAGUCUUGACUGUUUCACUUGCUCGUUUGUUCUUAAGGCUUGUGUUGGGUUACGGUAUCUUUUACAUGGGAGAAUUGUUCAUGGGUAUAUAGAGAAACUUGGGUUUCAAUCGAACUUAGUUUUGUUAAAUUCUCUUCUUCAUUUGUAUGCUACUUGUGGAGCAAUGGCUGAUGCGAACCUUCUGUUCGAUAAAAUGCCUCAACGAGAUGUUGUGUCCUGGAACAUAAUGAUUACCCAAUUAGCGAAAAAGGGUGAUGUUGAUGGGGCGUUUGACUUGUUUGAGAAAAUGCCUGAGAGAAAUUUAAGGUCUUGGACUGCUAUGAUUACUGGUUUUGUUCAUUGCGGGAAGGCUAAAGAGGCUAUUAGACUUUUCGUAGAAAUGGAAGAGACGGGGUUGAGGGCGAAUGAGGUGACUGUAGUGGCUGUUCUUGCAGCUUGUGCUGAUUUGGGUGCACUUGAAUUGGGUAGGAGGAUUCAUGAGUAUUCAAAUAAGAGCGGGUUCAAGAGAAACGUUCACAUUUGUAACACUCUGAUUGACAUGUACAUUAAGUGUGGCUGCUUAGAGGCUGCAAAAGUUGUUUUCGAUGAAAUGAAGGAACGAACAAUUGUAUCAUGGUCAGCUAUGAUCCAGGGUUUAGCUAUCCAUGGACACGGUGAUGAAGCUUUAGAACUCUUUAACGAGAUGAUCAAAAUGGGAAUGAAGCCUAAUGAGGUCACGUUUCUUGGAAUCUUGCAUGCUUGCAGCCAUAUGGGGUUGAUCAACAAGGGGCGCGAACUUUUUACUAGCAUGAGUAGAGACUAUAACAUUUCCCCUCAAAUCGAGCAUUAUGGUUGCAUGGUUGAUCUCUUGAGUCGAGCAGGACUUCUUCAAGACGCAUAUGAGCUCAUCACAAGCAUGCCUAUAAAACCAAAUGCUGUUGUAUGGGGUUCUUUUCUUGGUGGAUGUAGAAUUCAAAAGGAUGUGAAAAUGGCUGAGGAAGCUAUCAGGCAACUAGGUGUCCUAGACCCUCUUAACGAUGGAUACUACAUUAUCAUGUCUAACAUUUAUGCAGAAGCUAAGCGUUGGGAAGAUGCAGCAAGGGUAAGGAAAUUGAUGAAAGAUCGCGGAGUAAAGAAAACUCCAGGUUGGAGUUCAAUUACUAUAGCAGGAGCAACGCACGAAUUUGUGGCUGGAGAUGAUAACCAUCCUCAGGCUGAGCAGAUCAUUAAGAGAUGGGAUGAACUGCUAGAACAAAUGAAGUCCAAAGGGUAUGUACCAAAUACAUCAGUGAUUCUACUUGACAUAGAAGAGAAUGAGAAAGAAAAAUAUGUGUAUCGCCAUAGUGAGAAAUUGGCUCUUGUUUUCGGUUUGAUGAACAUAAAGCCAGGAGAAACGAUCAGAAUAAUGAAGAAUCUUCGCGUUUGUGAAGAUUGUCAUGCUGCUUUCAAAGUAAUAUCAGAAAUUGUCAAGAGAGAGAUAGUUGUGCGCGAUAGGAAUAGGUUUCAUUGUUUUAAAGAUGGAUUUUGUUCUUGUAAAGACUAUUGGUAACAAAUCUUGCAC